AUGUCCGACAACGGGGACGUCGAGGUUUCCUUCCCUGUCCUGCCCAAGGAGGUUCUGGCCGAGCAGGGCAGCGUUAAGCUGUUCAACAAGUGGAGCUACGAUGAUGUCGAGAUCCGGGAUAUUUCCUUGACCGACUACAUCCAGAUCCGCACUCCCGUCUACCUUUCCCACUCUGCCGGUCGCUAUGCCGCCAAGCGUUUCCGCAAGGCUCAGUGCCCCAUCAUCGAGCGUCUCACCAACUCUCUGAUGAUGAACGGCCGCAACAACGGAAAGAAGCUCCUCGCUGUCCGCAUUGUCGCUCACGCUUUCGAGAUUGUCCACAUCAUGACCGACCAGAACCCUCUCCAGGUCGCCGUUGACGCUAUCGUCAACUGCGGUCCCCGUGAGGACUCCACCCGUAUCGGUUCCCAGGGUACCGUCCGCCGCCAGGCUGUCGAUGUCUCUCCCCUCCGCCGCGUGAACCAGUCCAUCUCUCUGCUCACCAUCGGUGCUCGCGAGGCUUCCUUCCGCAACAUCAAGAGCAUUGCUGAGUGCCUUGCUGAGGAGCUGAUCAACGCCGCCAAGGGUUCUUCCAACUCCUACGCCAUCAAGAAGAAGGACGAGCUCGAGCGUGUUGCCAAGAGCAACCGCAGUAGCAGGAAAAAAGUUUCGGACCAGCCGUGCCAACACAACCCCAACCAACUACUUUCCCUGCCAUUUGGUCACCGUCAAGAUGGUCAAAAGAAAGCUUGUCUAGAAUCGACCUAUGCGCUCGGUCGAUUCAGGCUUCAUCUCAAUGCUAACACAAAUGCGCUUCGAAGGCCCAACCUACAACAUAAGAUUAAGAAGGAUCCCAAAUCUUACAUUGAAGAUUUCCGGGCCCAGCACUAUCAAUAUGAAUCUCACCGCGAGAUUUUCAUGGCGGCGCCUUCAUCUGCUACGGAUACUGGUCUUAUUUCUCUUCGGGAUCUGAUUGACUUCAUUUCCCAUGUUGCCGACUGCUAUCCGGACAUCUGUAAGGACUUCCCGCAACAGCUCAUCGACAUGCUCAUGGAACACCACCUGGUGUUAGAGACUGAGCUGCGCGAGAAGCUGGUGGGCAGUCUGGUGCUCUUGAAGAAGAAGGAAAUCAUUGACUCAGAGAGACUACUCCACACAUUGUUCCCCAUUCUUGUUUCUACACCCAGCAAGACCUUGCGAGCCUUGUUGUUCCAAAAGAUCCUUUCUGAGCUGCGCACCGCCAACUCCAAGACUACCAACCACAAGUUGAACCGGACUAUGCAAACUGUGCUCUUCAACUUGGUUACCUCUGACCGCACAUCAGCUAAAGGCCUGUGGGCAAUCAAGAUCACCCGAGAGCUGUGGAAGCGUCAAAUUUGGACUGAGGCAAAGGCCGUUGAGGUUAUGAAGGAGGCAGCUCUGUCAGAAAACGAGAAGGUCGUUGUCGGCGGUGUCCGCUUCUUCCUCGGUGGUGACAAGGAGCGUGAGGAGUUGGAGGAUGAGAGCAGUGAUGAUGAAGUCAAUGUUGGUCAAGUUAAGCAUCAGCUUACAAUCAACAAGAAGACCAGAAAGAAGGCUCGUGCUGCUGAAAAGGCCAUCAAAUCCGCCAGAAACAAGGAGAAGAAGAGGGGCCAACCGAACGUCAUGCUCAACUUCUCCGCUCUUCACUUGCUCCACGACCCUCAAGGAUUCUCCGAAAACAUGUUCUUCAAGCAUCUUCAAAAUGGCAAGUCCAAGUUGAACUUGGAGCAAAAGCUCCUUGUUCUACAAUUGGUCUCGCGUCUAGUUGGUCUGCACCAGCUGCACAUCAUGCCGCUCUAUUCCUACUUCCAAAAGUUCCUCACACCACGCCAGCCAUCUGUGACUUCAUUCCUUGCAUCCCUGGCUCAAGCCACCCACGACCUGGUGCCUCCCGAUGUCCUCGAGCCUCUCGUGCAGAAGAUUGCGAACGAGUUCGUUUCUGAAGCUUCAGCGGGUCAAGUCGCUACAGCUGGUCUCAACGCUAUCCGUGAGAUCUGUGUGAGACAGCCUUUGGCUAUGGAUGAAACUCUUUUGCAGGAUCUCGUCAUGUACAAGAAGAGUAAGGACAAGGGUGUCAUGAUGGCUUCCAAGGGUCUUCUUAGUCUUUACCGUGAUGUUGGUGCUCAAAUGCUCAAGAAGCGUGACCGCGGUAAGGAAGCUGCCAUGAGCCUACGUGCAGGUGAGAAGGCGGAGAGACGCUUCGGUGAACAGGCUGUUGGCCAGAUCGAAGGUCUGGAACUUCUGGCUAGAUACAAGGACGAAGAGCGCCGCAAGAAGAACAUCGAGAAGGGUCUUCCCUCUGAUGCCGAGGACGAUGAAGAUAACGAGGAAGACAACUGGGAUGCCUGGAAUGUUGAGGAUGACUCAGACAGUGAUGUUGAUGGCGAAUGGAUCAAUGUGGAAGACGAUGCCGACAUCAACCUGAGUGACUCAGAAGACGAAGGCAAGUCUCGCCCUGCAAAGAAAUCGAAGCAGGAUGAGGAAAAGGAAAAGGAAGGCGAAAAGGAGGGUGAAAAGUCCAAGGCUGAAGAGGAAAUCGAUUUCCUCAAAUUGGCUACUACCCGAAUUCUCACACCCGCCGAUUUGGCCAAGCUCGCUGAGCUCCGUGCCGAGGCAGCUGCUGAGGCCACUCUUCCUGGCAACAAGGGCCGCGUCGCCGCGCCCUGGACCUCUCGUCACACCGACGACCCAUUGACUGCCAACGAGAUUGAGGGACUUGCUGCUCUGUCUGCCGCCAAGGCUACUCGUGAGGAGCGUAUUGCUCACGCCAAGGAGGGACAGACCGAUCGCUCCGAGCACAAGAGCAAGGAAGCCAGAAAGAAGGAGCGCAAGGAGCAAGAGGGCAAGAGUACUACCAACAAGGAGAAGGCUCGUAAGCACAAGCCCUUCUUGAUGUCGCUCGGAAAAGCGAAAUCAAAGAAUAAGAGAAGUUUGAAGGAUGUGUCUCGUGCGCUGAAGGCGCAUCACGACCGAGGCAAGAGAGGCGGAAAGAGAGGUAACUUGGGUACUACAGUCGGACCUAGCCGUUAG